AUGCAGCCAACUCGACCCGAAAUCCUGCGGGCAGUUCCAACAUACCACUUGGUAGCCUGGUUGGGACGUGUCUUCUGGGCUCGGAAAGACCGAAGCUUCUUUAGCCUCAGCAAAGUCACGCAGGACUACGAUGAGUUUUUGAGUCACAGCUGGCAGGUUGCAGUCUGGAAAAAGGUGCUGCUAUUGCUGGUUAUCAAGAACGGCUUGGCUUCGGUUGUCGUUGGAACUGAUUUCUUACCAGGCUUUCCGAAGCUUGGUGAGAAAUGGUCCUGCUGGUGCUCCUCUGUUGGGCUGAUCCUGGCAGUUUUCACGCUGGCUUUCUGGAGACCGCGUGGGUCCAUUUUCGUUGAUAGAGUGUGCAUCAAUCAGUUUGAUCCACGCAUGAGGGCUGAAGGCAUCGUCAAUAUAGGCGCGGUGCUAAGCGUUUCUAAAUCCCUGCUGGUCCUUUUCGACGAUUCCUACGCAGAUAGGCUGUGGUGCUUGUUUGAAAUGGCUGCAUUUCUGAAAGCCCAUCCAGCGGCUGCGGAGAAACCUUACAUCCUGCAGGUCAAGCCGAUACUCCUGGGCUUCAUUGCAUGCACAACUUGCCUUGCUGCGUUCGUUGGGGGUUUCUUUGCUGUCUUCAACCCUUUCUACGAUCUUUUCCGGUUUUGGGGAGUGCUUCUUGCCUUCGGCGCUGCCGAAGGCAUGUUCCUCGUACAUGCUUCCCGCAAAUAUUACAGGUCUCUUGAGGCUAUCGAGAGUCAGUUGCAGGACUUCCGGCUGCGACACGCGGAGUGCUGGUGUUGCAGCGUGAACCACAUCCACCCAGCCAGUGGCAUGCCAAUCGAGGUAUGUGACAGAGAAAUUGUCAGCCAGUGUGUGACAAGCUGGUUUGGAUCUGAGCAAGAGUUUGACGAGUCUGUCCGGAAAAAGGUCCGUGAAAAAAAAAAAAGAUCUUUCGUGCCUGUCUGGUGGCCCUGGAUGGACUACCUGGCCGUGUACUCACAGGAAGGGAACCAAUUUCUGGUCCCAUACUUUGUGAUCAGAUUCCUCGGCUUUUGGCUUUUCUGCAUGCCGCUGGUUGCUACCGUCGGUAUUUUCUUUGCACGCUGCCUCCGACGCAAAGCUCAAUGGAUAUGCACGGAGCUCUUCAUGGAUGCACUGGUAUGCGUGCUCACGUUACCCGCAGCUCUUGCCUGUGUAGCAUGGCAAUUGUACACGCAGAUUACGUUUUACAAGGAAGAAGUGCAGGAUGGGCUUCUUGAGAAGGUGUUCCAUUUUGCCAACAACCGUGUAUUCAAGAGGCCCCUCAAGGGGGGGGUACCUUGCUCGACGACCUAUGGUCACCUGUUCCACGUGUACCUUGCUCGACGACCUAUGGUCACCUGUUCCACGU